AUGCCCGUAAAAAAGGCCGCCACGCCUUUAAAAGUUAAGAACGAUUCAAAAGCAGGAAAACGAACACCUGCGAAAAGACCCAUUGAUAAAGAUGACCAGACUUCUACUCCCAAACGGCGCCGGUGCCUUUUCGCAAACCCCAGCAACGAACCCGAACGCUACGAGGAUCCCAGCAAGAUCGGAUCACUUGCUGGAUUGUUUCUGAAUCGUGAGAAAAUUCGUCUUCCUGAAAAGACACACAUCAUUAAUCUUGUGGAUCACCGAAUGCAAAUUCAUGAUCCAUUGUGUACUCCGGUUUUCCCAGCGAAAGUACCACUUGACACGAUUGUUAAUGAUUUUCUGAUCUUCAAAAAAUUUAUCCGCGCCAACAAGAAAGCCACUCAGAUCCAAAUCGUUCAACAUGCUUGGGGAAUAUCCGAGAUGGUCCGGAUGUUCAAUGAGAAUAUCAGAUCACACAUCUUGACCAGUCCGGAAUUCAAGGAAUUCGAUAAAAAACGUGCCAAAAAAGCGUGCCCUUCACAGACCUAUGGUGUCAUUCACUUGAUGCGGUUGAUCAGCAAGCUCCACGAAAUCUACAUUCCGUUGUCUAUUUAUGAGGACAUCAAAGAAGAAAUGCCGGAAUUCAUGAAAUUCAUCGACGAAAACUACAAAAAGUACUGGAACAGGGAAGCCGAAUACCCUUCCACUGACAAACACAGCUUCGAAGCGAAAACUGGAAUCCGUUGGCUGGAGUGA